AAGUUGUGCUCUUGCAAAGGGGACCAACUGAUAAAACCUGGCAGGGCGGGCAGGAGGCCGAGUCACACCAGAAAUGCCAUGCUGCUGCCCAGCCCACCACCAGCCUUGCCUCUCUUCCCGCUGGGAUGGGGCUGGGGAGACACCCUACUGCUCGCCAGGGCUCCCUGGGCAGAGAGCUGCUGAGGCGGGUGUGUGCCAGCGACAGGGCGCCCAGAGGAGGUUGAAUCCCGUAGGAGGUGAGGUGCUGUGAAGCCUCCCUUCUGAUGGCCACAGACAGAAAUCUUUCAAGCCAUACCUGUGUGGGAUAAAGAGUAAGACAGAGGAAAGGGAAACAGCAAAAACCCCUUCCACCUGCAAACCCGGCACAGUGCCCGAGCACAGAGGGAGCUGGUGCAGGCGCAGGGUGCUGAGCACUGGAGGCGGGAGAAGCAUCAGAGGACGUGGGCAAACUACCCAGGAACAGGCAUCCCGCAGCCAGACAGGGGAAUCCCGGGAUUAAGUGCAGGUGUUCAAAGCUACCGAGCUGCUGUGGGAGCUCGGCGGGGCGGCGAAGGUGGGCAGGAGACACCAGGAGGUAGAGCAUCUUUUGUGGAGCGGCUCGGAAGCCUUUCAAGGGGUGUAGCUGAUGAUCUGAUGACCUCUCAGGUGGUCCUGUGGGAAGGUGCGAGACUCCUGCGGGGACCGAGGAGACCUUUGUGGAGCUGGGAGGGCACUGCCCAGCUCUUCCCUUCGGAAAGCCCCUGGCGCCGGGCGGCCCGUGGGGAAGGGGUUCCGCUGGCCUGUGGGGACCCCUAGCGUGAGCUCUGCCUUCGCACAGGUCGCUUCGGUGGCACGUCUGUAGGGCUGGGGGCGACCUGGGGUCUAGGGGAAAGGGCUGCGUGGCUCUUCUCUUGCCCCCGCUGUGAAACGGGCUCCAGGCGUGCCCCAGGCAGGUGACACGGCUGUGUCCCGGCUGCUAACGCUCCGCCGCUCUCGGCCGGGCUCCCCCCGCCGGUUUACACACUGAGCCGUGCCCCAGACCCUCCUGCAACCCUUGCAGAGGUGGCCCGUAACUCCGCCUGUGCACCAGCCCUGCAGCCCUUACACCAGCGGGCACCCACCUUGAACCCGCAGGAAUGGAGUGGACACAACUGUCCGUCCGUCCCACAGCACCAGAAGAAAUGAUGGGAGCCAACAGCUCCGCGUCCUGGGGCUGUCCGAGCCCCAGCGCCGUGUCUACAGGGCACUCUCCCCUCCUGGCCCGUCCCCAGGUGCCCAGCUGCUGGACUGGGGGGGCUGGGCAUCAGCGGCCUGGCCAGCCUGCUGCCCUCUGCGCAGUCCUCACGGCUCUCCUCCCCUGCUGCCCACUCGUUGGUUUUCCUUGGGUGGUUUCCAGCUGGCGGCUGGAGCAGGAAGGUCUGUGUGGGUACACCAGUGUCUUCCACUGGGCAUCAGGGACCCACCAGCCACAGGGGAUGCCUGUUCCCAGAAAUGGCUGUGGCAGCUCCCACUAGUGCCUCGGGAGAUUGCAACCAAGUCGUUUUGCAAGAAAGCUUGCAAGACAGCUAGUGAUGUAGCCAGAAAAUCAUGACAUGCUUUUUCACGUGCACAUGGCUUUGUGCAACUCACUUUCUCUUGCUUCUCUUUGCUCUCUAAAAUGCAUCUUCCUUCCUUUUUUCACUCCCCUCCUCCUCCUCCUUUGUCAUUUUCCUGUAGCUGGUUACUGACAUGGGAUGGUGUCAACUUUCCCCUCCUUUCUUUGCCACCUGGGGGGAGUGCAACCAUUUUCCAUUCUUCUGUUUCACCUCUUUUCCACUGCUCUAGCUCCGAAACUAAGGAUGAUUAAGGCACUCGCUCAGUCUCCCUUUGGCCAGGUUUUUCUUGAGGCUUCUUUGCGAUUUACUUUGGGGAAAUAUGCAUCCAGCAGGCAGCUGGUUUUGAAGACCAGAAGUCACCUGAGUCUUCUGUAGCCUUGGGUCUGUGGGGUCUUCAGUGCUAGGGGAGGGGAAAGGAUGGAGUCAAAAUGUCCAUGGACAGUGAGGGUCUCCUGAGCAGGGGGUUAUAUUUACAUAUAACCUUUUCCCUGAAUAAAAUAUUGCCAAAGGGAUUUUUUUUCCCUGUUCUGCAAACGAAAGUUUUCAUAGAGUCUCAGCCAAAGGUUAUUGCCAUGGGGUGGUUUUUAAAUGGGGAGGGAAGACUCAUGCAGAGUUUUUUUGGGGGGUUGGUGUCUCUUUUAAACAACAGGUUAUUUUUUUCUAAAUCACAUUUUCCUAAACUUUUCCCCAAGAUACUAUUUAUGCAGUUCUUAAAAAAAAAAUAUGGUUAGUGACAAUGUUCAUCAAGCAAAACUGCAUCCCAGUGAAAGUGAAAACCAGAGUAUUUUGAUACUGACUCUUGACUGAAUAGUUUGAAAAUUCUUUUUUAAAAAAAGCUUUGCUCCAAACUCUGUGACAGGCUGGUUUUUCUGUCUGCCUUUCCCCCUUCCCCAGCCGGCUGUGUGUCGGAGCCGACGGCAGCGCACCAAGAGCCAGGGCAGAAGGCGGCUGCUCUAAACAGGAUUUAAUAACGGGGCAGGAGGAGGUGCAACGGCACGUGGUGGGAACUCGGCUUCCCGAGAGGCCCCGCUGUGGCCAUGCCUCCCUUUGGUGGAAACCCAGGCUUUAUCAAGAGCUGGAAGGACCAGCUGCCGGCUCUCUCUGGGGACAAGCAGCCAUGGGACUGAGGUGCGGGAUGAGGAGCACCAAGUGCCAGCUGCUGGUGACCAGCCUCUGCGUCAUGCUGCUGGGGUUGUCCGUCGCCACGCUGAGCACAGUCACCCACUACGGGCUCCAUUUCACCAUCAUCAGCGACAUCUCCCUGGACAGUAACUCCUACAGGGCCAUCCACCAUGCAGCUUUCUACGUUGGGAUCUGCCUCAGCAUGACCCUGAUCCUCGCCGCCCUGCUGAGCUCAGCCGCCACGGUGCGGGAGUCGCAGUGCCUCACCGCCAUGGGAUUUUUCUGUUUUGCUCUGGCCUUCUGCGGAUUGAUCCCAGCUGCCUGCUGGAGAUACACGCACAGCACGGAGGUGGAAGACAGCAUGAUGGAUGUGUACGAUCUUGUGUACGAGGAGGUGAGGAGGAAUGCUUCCAGCUUCAGGAGGCAUGAGCUGACCGCCAUCCACGAAGCAUACCGGUGCUGUGGGAAGCACUCUCCGUUUGGGGACACGACCAAUGUCGAGCACAAGACGUGCCCACCUGGCCAGGUGCACAUUGCGGGGCAGGACUGCCUGCAGGAGAUCCAGGACUUCCUGAAGAAGCAUAUGGACUUUGUCUCCACACUCUUGGCCAUCACCAUCGCCUUCACGGUUUAUGGGAUGAUCCUGACCUCAUUCCUCUGGUUCUCCAUCCACUUCAGCAGCAACCUGGACCGGAAAGGCAAAUACAUCCUGCGGGAGAGGUAGAAACCCACCACUCGGGCAUCCCUACCAGGUAGAGCCAGCUUUUGGCGCCGGGAGAUGUUUGGAGACACCCACAAUAUCCCAUGGGAAGGCAUCGCGCGGGGUCAGGCGGGGGACAUGUCACGUGUCUCCCCUUCCUGCACCAUUAGCGCACUUGCGAGCCCGUCAGAGCAGAGGAUGCUCUGGGGAGGAGCAGGCCCACACCUCUGCUGGAAGAGGGCAAGGACUGAGACGUGCACCCGUGCUCAGAGAUGCAGAUCGCCUCACCGGAGGACGUACGGGCUGUAGCUUCGCAAGCAGGAUGCACAGAGCCCCUUAGGACAAAAAUGGAGAGAAAAGUCCAGCAAAAAUCACGGCAUUAAAACCAAACGUCUCUCGUGCUGCUCUCUGAGCAGCUCCCUGUGACCCCCAAAGAUGCAGUGUUUCUUGGAAGAUGGCUUUGGAGCACAGCCCAGGACUGGUCUUGUGCUAUCAGCAAAUACAUGGACACAAAGUGUGUCCUUGCUGAUAGGAAAUGUGCUCUCCUAGCCUGGACACUUGCAGUGACUGACUUUGGGCAUGUUUCUGAUCAUGCUCAAGCAUGUAGGCGUCCCACGGCCACCAGCUGUUUUUUCCCUGUUUCCAAUUAUUGCCAGACUUACAGAGCUUUUGGUAGAGAUCAGGAAAAAGAAUCAGAAAGCAGUGCAGGAGCUUUGAAACGAAUGACCAGCAUAAGGACAUAUCCCUCUAUUAUUCUUUCUUGCUAAUGCAAUGUGCCAUUAUUUUUUAAUUCUUAGGAUUUAAGCAAUCUCCUAGAGCUUGAAGCCACACUGAUUUCACAGGGCCCUGUUCGACUUCCAGCCUCAGCUCUGUGUUUAUCCAGCUUCAUGAGCCCACCACACUGCUGUGCAAUGCAAAAGGACUUUGAUAUUACACAUACACGCGGGACUGAAGUUUAAAUUUGUAAGGGAACAGGACUGAUCUCCAGCCAGGUCAAACAAUACAAUGUCCAGCUCAUGUCCUCUUUACAUCACCUUAUUAAUAAUAAACAGAAAUUUUAAAAGCCUCGAUUGGCUCUCAGUCUAGCUCAAACAACGGCUCCCUGGCGUGCUUUGCCCUCGUUGCAAGGAAGCAGAGCCGCUUCUGAGCUGAAACCCAGAUUUAGCACUUGCUGGAAAACCUGCUGUAAGCUACAUGGCUGUGUGAAAUGUCUGUUGAACCAACAGCUACUUUCACCCACCUCCUUCGUUGUGGCUUUUAGCCAUGAAAUACAGUAAGUAGCAACUGGUGAUUGAGAUAAAGGUGGUAACCCCAGUGCUCGUUUUCAGGACAGGUCCUGGCCCUCAGGCAAGGGCUGCUACACGUGCAGGGACAGCAGUACAGACUCCAGCACCCGGUUAGCAUGUCAACAUGCCUGCAAAUACCUUGUGUUGGAAAUAACUGCUUUGAGGGGGUGGGGGGAAGGGCUAUCUGUCCCCAUCCUGCUCCCUUGGAACCAGUGGAGCUUCAGCAUUGCCUUCACUGGAAGCAGGAUCAAGUUCAAACUGCUCCAGGGUAUUAAUCAAGCUACCUCCUGGCAGUCACCAGCAUGCCUUGAUCUAGCAGGGAUUGGGUGGUGAUAUGCAUUUGCCAACAUACCCACCUUCUAGUGGUGAGGAAAGGUUCACUUAUACGUAUAUACGUGCUAUUAAGUAUAUCGCUCUCUGGAGAGAGAUGCUCUCCCUUGGGAGCUUCAGCUGCUGUUGUCCAGGCCACUGCUAUUGUUAUUCCUCAGGCCAGCUGGCAGCUCGUGUGACUCAUGGUUGCUUCAAUAAAGAUUAAUUUCUUGCAAAAAGCCAUCA